CAACAUAUUCAUUCUGUGCAGACUGCAGAGGGGAGCCGCUCGACAUCCAGAGUGAAUGGCCCAUUCUCCUCUUGAAAACAAUUAGACUUAUUCCAACUGGAGGGACCUCCCCAAUCACAGCCACCCACACGCAGCUGUAUCCCUGCCAUAAAGCGCGUGGACGCGCGUCGCGAGAGCAGAGUGUUCACGGCUUCGUGGACGUGAGAGAGAGAGGGGGGAAAAGGAGAAGGGAACGAGAGGAGCAGCAGCAAGAGGAGGAGGAGGGGGACGCAAACAGGACUACAACACAUACGAGGAGGAGAAAACAGAAGCUGGAUGAUAUCUGCAGCAGACCCGGAGCUCUGAGCGGCCGGAGAGGUGACGUGGUGCGGAUCGUUGAGCAGGAGAGCCCUUUUUUUCCCCCCCUCCCUCCUCUGCGGCGAAAUCAGCCCGACUGCCUUCGGCCAGGAGGCGCACGGCUCGCCUCCUCUUCCUCGUCCGCAAAGAGGAAGGUCUACGGCGCAGCGGACCGAAGGCGCAGCGGAGGAGUUGGGAUGUCCUGAAUCAAUCCUCCGGUCCCAGAGAGCCGUUUGCCGAUGGGACCUGCUGCUCCACCAUGAGCUUACAAGAUGGCGGCUGCAGCUACGCCAGCAGCGCCAAUCUGGCCACCGUUACGGGCAGCAUGCGGCGCCGCCUGGAGGACCAGGAGUUUGCCCUGCGUGUCUAUCCAGGCUCUCUGGCCGAGGGCACCAUCUACUGCCCUGUCAGCGCCCGCAAAAACACCACCGCUGCUGAGGCCAUCGAGUUCCUCAUCGAGCGGCUGCACCUGGAUCGCACCAAAUGCUACGUGCUGGCCGAGGUGAAGGAGUUUGGCGGCGAGGAAUGGAUCCUCAACCCCGGGGAUUGCCCGGUUCAGCGCAUGAUGCUGUGGCCAAGAACUGCCCUGGAGAAUCGCAGCGGCCUGUGCAGCGGCGAGGACUAUCGCUUCCUGCUGCGAGAGAAGAAUCUAGAUGGAUCUAUCCAUUACGGGGGCAGCUUGCAGAUGUGGCUGCGGGUGACGGAGGAACGGCGGCGCAUGGUAGAGCGGGGUUUCCUACCCCAGCCUGCGGGAAACGAGCCGCCGUCCGAUCUGUGCGCUCUUCCGGAGCUGACCGAGCGCGCCCUUCUGGAAAGCCUGCGCUCCCGCUUUAGGCAGGAGAAGAUCUACACAUACGUUGGGAGUAUUCUGAUUGUGAUUAACCCUUUCCAGUUCUUGCCGAUCUACAAUCCUAAAUACGUCAAGCUUUAUGACAACCAUACGCUGGGAAAGCUGGAGCCGCACAUUUACGCCGUGGCAGACGUGGCGUACCACGCCAUGCUGGAGCGGCGGAAAAACCAGUGCAUCGUGAUUUCUGGGGAAAGUGGAUCGGGAAAAACACAGAGCACCAACUUCCUCAUUCAUCAUCUGACAGCGCUCAGCCAAAAGGGCUUUGCCAGUGGUGUGGAGCAGAUCAUCCUGGGAGCAGGACCAGUUUUGGAGGCGUUCGGUAAUGCCAAGACGGCUCACAACAACAACUCCAGCCGCUUUGGGAAGUUCAUCCAGGUCAACUACCAGGAGAGUGGUACCGUCAGGGGCGCGUACGUGGAGAAGUAUCUGUUGGAGAAAUCCCGGCUGGUGUACCAGGAGCACAAUGAGAGGAACUAUCACGUGUUUUACUACCUGCUGGCUGGAGCCAGUGAAGAAGAGAGGAAGGCUUUCCACCUGCUCAAACCAGAGGAAUACCACUACCUUAACCAGAUGACAAAGCGACCACACAAACUCCACUGGGACAAUUGCUAUGAGACUGAGCUGCAGGACUGCUUCACCGUCGAGGGAGAGGACCUGAAGCACGACUUCGAACGGCUGCAGCUGGCCAUGGAGAUGGUCGGGUUCCUGCCUUCCACGCGCAAACAGAUUUUCUGCCUGCUGUCCGCCAUCCUGCACCUGGGGAACAUCCGCUACAAGAAGAAGACCUUCAGGGACGACUCCACCGACAUCUGCAACCCAGAGGUGCUGCCCAUCGUCUCAGAGCUGCUAGAGGUGAAAGAGGAAAUGCUUCUUGAAGCGCUGACGACCAGGAAGACGGUGACCGUCGGUGAGAGGCUCAUCGUGCCCUACAAACUAGCAGAGGCGAAUACGGUGAGAGACUCGAUGGCCAAGUCUCUGUACAGCGCGCUGUUUGACUGGAUUGUGUUCAGGACGAACCACGCCCUGCUCAACAACAAGGACCUGGAGGACAACUCAAAGAUCCUCUCCAUAGGCGUGCUGGACAUCUUCGGCUUCGAGGACUACGAGAACAACAGCUUCGAACAGUUCUGCAUCAACUUCGCCAACGAGCGGCUCCAACACUACUUCAACCAACACAUCUUCAAGCUGGAACAGGAGGAGUACCGGGCAGAGGGCAUCACGUGGCACAACAUCGACUACAUCGACAACAGCGGCUGCCUCAACCUCAUCAGCAAGAAACCCACGGCUCUGUUCCACCUGCUGGACGAGGAGUGCAAUUUCCCACAGGCCUCCAAUCAGACACUGCUGGACAAGUUCAAGCGUCAGCAUGAAGGAAACAGCUACAUCGAGUUCCCUGCCGUCAUGGAGCCCGCCUUCAUCAUCAGACACUACGCCGGUAAAGUCAAGUAUGGAGUCAAGGACUUCAGGGAGAAGAACACUGACCACAUGAGGCCCGACAUCGUCGCCUUGCUGAAGAGCAGCAAGAACGCCUUCAUCUGUGGCCUGAUGGGGAUCGACCCCGUGGCAACGUUCCGCUGGGCCGUGCUGCGGGCCUAUUUCAGAGCCGUCGUGGCUUUCAGGGAGGCCGGACGCAGACACACUCACAAAAAACCCGGGAACGAUGCAGCAGGGCCCUGCCCUGUGGUCAAAACUGUUGACAGCUUCAGUUUCAUUCAUCACCCGGUUCACCAGAGGAGCCUUGAGAUCCUUCAGAGAUGUAAAGAUGAAAAAUACAGUAUUGCUCGGAAGAACCCGCGAACACCUUUGUCAGAUCUUCAAGGCACCAACGCCCUGAAUGAGAAGGCCAGCUGGGAUGGCUAUGGCGUUGGAUGCAACGGUCGCAGCUCGCGAUCGGGUCGCGUCUCUUCAUCAGGAAACCCCGUCCACGAGGAAGAGGGGAUCUUCCUGAACCUAGGCAGCAGCAAGCUCCUGGAGAGAGCUCAGGGUAUCCUACUGAGAAACAAGAACUGCAAAACUAAACCAACCCUUCCCAAGCACUUGCUGGACGUGAAGUCUCUGCGCUACCUGAGCAGCGUGACGCUCCACGACCGCAUCACCAAGUCUCUGCUCCACCUGCACAAGAAGAAGAAACCGCCCAGCAUCAGCGCUCAGUUCCAGGCUUCCCUCAAUAAGCUGAUGGAGACUCUCGAUCAGUCAGAGCCGUACUUCGUCAAGUGCAUUCGCUCCAACGCUGAGAAGCUGCCGCUGCGUUUCAACGACAGCCUGGUGCUCAGACAGCUGAGGUACACGGGGAUGCUGGAAACGGUGCGGAUCCGUCAGUCGGGAUACAGCAUCAAGUACACCUUCAAGGACUUUGUACGUCACUUUCACGUGCUGCUGCCUCGCGGAACGAGCCCCACUAAGUCUGGGAUCAGGGAGUUCUUCAGACGGAUUCACCUGCCUCCUGCCGGCUACCAAGUGGGCCACACGAUGGUGUUCCUGCGGGAGACGGAGCGCCAGCGUCUGCAGACCCUCCUCCACCAGGAAGUGCUGAGGCGGAUCGUCACGCUGCAGCGGCGCUUCAGAGCCGUCCUGGAGAGGAGACACUUUGUCAGCAUGAGACGAGCGGCGCGUGUCAUCCAGCGAUGGUGGCGAGCGUGUCUCCUCAGGCAGUCUGGCAUCGACUCCGGCAUUGAGGAGGAGGCGGCCGUGUGUCUGCAGGCGGCCUGGAGGGGAUACAGGGAGCGCAGGAGGUUCCUGCAGCGGCGGACGGCUGCCGUCGCCAUACAGAGGAGCUGGAGGAGCUUCUGCCGCCGCCGCCGGACUCGGGCGGCCGUCGUCAUCCAAGCAGCCUGGAGACGGGUCCGGGAGAAGAACCGGUUCUGUAGAGCGCGCAGCGCCGUGACGCAGUUCCAGGCAAUGGGCCGAGGAUACUUGGCUCGAGUCAGGUUUAAACACCUGAAGGAACAGAGGGAAGCACUCAGCGGACCACCAGGAGCUGACACGGAGAUGGAGGCUGGGAGUUUGGAGGACUGUUUCUCCUCUGAGCUGGACCUCUCUGCUGGUGCGCACGCCUCUGAGGAACCUGAGCCGACCAAGACAGAACCCGAGGAGGACUCCGAGCAAUCUAGGAACACAGACGAGACGAGCCAUAAGAACCGGUCAAAGCGAGAGAGCCGGCGCAUGAGAGAGCUGGAGCAGGCCAAGUUCAGCUUGGAGCUCCUCAAAGUCCGGACCACCAGCAUGGGGGGUUCGGUCCCCGAGGACGCGGUCACCGACGGCAGCCUCGCUCAGGUGGAAGACCAUCAUGACAGACUUUUACCACAGGGAUCCCCGGCUAGCCACGGCAGCUUUGAGCUGCUCAGCGUGGAUGAGAUGGAGACCGAAGGCUCUGCUUCCCAGCUGACGGGAUCUCACGAACAACCCCGCACUCUGGAAAUUCUCAGGGACUCCAACCACAACGAGAAACCUGUGAAGGACCCGCCGAACAAGCCAGAGGGACCACGGGCGACGUUUUACAUCGCCUCUGACCAAAGUCCGGUUAAUAAAGCCAACCUGGGAAGCCCCGGCCGAGCCCACAAAGACAGGAAGGAGUCGGUUUCCCGCAGGCCUGUGGUGGUGUUGAUCAGUAUGCAGAAAGAGAGUCCUGUGGAGGAGCCAGAGCCGCUGGCGGCUCACACCUUACAGGGAGCUUCUCGGGUCGGAUCGUUUGACUCUAGUACAACACCCGGUGGGGGAGUAGGGGGACCAACGCACAAAGAGCCACCUAAUGUAGAUGUAGUUGGGGUGGAAACGCCCUCAAAGCUUCCAGCUCCAGCUCCACAUGGAGAGAAUCCAGAAGAACCAGCACCCUGUCCCUCAAAGGUGGGUGUCCAGAUCAGCCCACAGCCAAAGUCCAGCGUUCCCACUGUUCUCCCGGGUAGGCAGGAAAGGAGGAUAACCCGUCCAGCACAGGAGGCUCCCAGCCCGGUACUAGACACCAAACCCCCAAAAGCCCAGAAGAAGAGCUCGGCUCAGACUGUGAUCGUGAACAUGGUGGAGAAACCUCCCAGCACUGUGCUCUCCCAGCCCAGACGCAAGCUGCCUUUCUCCAAGUCAGAAAAGGAUUUGGGGCACCAGGAUAGAUCUCUCUCUCUCUCUAUGCACAGAGACGACUCUAAAGCUGCUGGAUCCAGAAACAGAGAGCAGGUGGGCCGCCCCGGCCCCAAAAAGAAAGCUCGAAUGUCCCGGACGCGCUCCGACUUCCUCACCAGCUGUAACUCGGAGGGGGCCACCCAGUCGGACGACGACGACGAAUACUACGUCCCCGCACACUCCUGCACGCUGCCCCCCUCCCUGUCUCCCCCACGAGCCCACCCUGACACCGACUGUCACAGUGACUCCGAGAUGUCUCAUAAAGAGGAGAAGAAGAUCCAUAAGACCAUGUCGUCAGGGGACCUGGGCAAAGUGGACAUCCUCAGGAAAUCCUCCAGUCAUGAUGGAAGCAGGAUGGGGAGGAAGAUGCGAUUCUGGAGCAAGAAGAGCUACAGCGAGAAAAAACUGUCAAGGGAGAAACAAACCAGCAGGAGGGAAGCGGUUGAGAUGCAUGAAAGCGCGUCUUCUCCUCAGGGGACUCUGGACUUGGAAGUGGUUCCUUCUCGGGAAAUCCGAGACACCAAGGAGAACAAGGAGCCCUCUCCAAAGGUGAAGCGGCGCCGCAGCCUGAAGAUCAGCAGCAUCGCUCUGGAACCCGCCCAGUGGCAGAACGACUCGCUGCACAUCCUCACCUCGGCCCACGACUACCGCAGCAUGAACGAAUUUCUCAUGAAGAAGAUUGCUGACCUGGACUCAGAAGACGGUAAAAAGGACACCAUGGUAGAUGUUGUCUUCAAGAAAGCACUGAAGGAGUUCCGGAUCAACAUCUUCAACUCAUACUCCACUGCCCUCGCUAUGGAUGAUGGGAGGAGCAUCCGCUACAAGGACCUGCAUGCACUGUUUGAGCACAUCCUGGAGAAGACCAUGCGUCUGGAGCAGAGGGACUGGAGUGAGUCGCCAGUGAAGGUGUGGGUCAACACCUUCAAGGUCUUCCUGGAUGAAUUCAUGACCGAGUACAAACCCACGGAGGGAACCAUCGGCAGGACUCUAAAGCGUGAGCGCAAGAAAUCCAGGAAGAAGGAAACCGACAUUGUGGAGGAGCAUAAUGGCCACAUCUUUAAGUCCACUCAGUACAGCAUUCCCACCUACUGCGAGUACUGCUCCUCCCUCAUCUGGAUGAUGGACCGAGCCUGCGUCUGCAAACUGUGCCGCUACGCCUGCCACAGGAAGUGCUGCUCCAAGAUGACCACCAAGUGCAGCAAAAAGUACGACCCGGAGCUGUCGUCCCGUCAGUUUGGCCUGGAGUUGUCGCGUCUGACCAACGAGGAGCGCGCCGUUCCCCAGCUGGUGGAGAAACUCAUCAACUACAUCGAGAUGCACGGCCUCUACACGGAGGGCAUCUACAGGAAGUCGGGCUCCACCAAUAAGAUCAAAGAACUGCGACAGGGCCUGGACACAGAUGUGAGCAGCGUGAUUCUGGACGACUACAACAUCCAUGUCAUUGCCAGCGUACUCAAACAGUGGCUCCGGGACCUGCCCAGCCCGCUCAUGACCUUUGAAUUGUACGAAGAGUUCCUCAGAGCCAUGGGCCAGCCGGACAAGCGGGAGGUGAUCCGAAGCGUGUACUCUGUAAUCGACCAGCUCAGCAGGACACACCUCUGCACGUUGGAGCGUCUCAUCUUCCAUCUGGUCAGGAUUGCCCUGCAGGAGGAGACGAACCGGAUGUCCGCCAACGCGCUCGCUAUCGUCUUUGCUCCUUGCAUCCUCCGCUGUCCCGACACCAUCGACCCGCUGGAGAGUGUCCAAGACAUCAGCAAAACCACAGCGUGCGUGGAGCUGAUCAUCAACGAGCAGAUGAGCAAGUACAAAGCUCGUCUGAAGGACAUCAGCAGUCUGGAGUUUGCAGAGAACAAAGCCAAGAGCAGACUGACCCACAUCAGGAGGUCCCUGAAACCUGUACUUAUUGCUGUUAGGUUUAUGAGCAUUACCCGCACUGCCACCCCGAACAGACUGCGCGUCCGGCAAAGCGGCUCGCACAUCCCCUCGCCUCCGCUGAGCCCCAAAGCGGAAGGCGAGAGUUCGGGAGGAGCUGGGGGAGGAGCUGGAGGGGAGGAUGCAGGAGAAAGUGGGCUCAAUGAGCAGCAACAGCUGGCCAUGCAGAAGGAGGAGCGAAUCCUCACGGAGCAGAUUGAGAGUCUACAGAAAGAGAAGGAGGAGCUGACGUAUGAGAUGUUGGUCUUGGAGCCGCCCGCGUCCGACGAUGAAACGCCUGAAUCGGAGGCCUCCAUCGGCACAGCGGACAGCUCUGAAAACAUCACCAUGGACACAGAAGGAGCUGCAUGCCUUCCCUUUGAACGCGGGCCGUACCAGUCGAGAAAGUCGGAGGCAAAGCCCAGACGAACCCUGCGUCGUCAGCCAGACUCCCAGGACUCCGUCGACUCCACCUCCACCGUCUCCUCCUCCUAUCACCCCUCCUCCGUUUCCUCCAACGCCUCCAGUUCCCCGUCUCCUCACUACCGCUUCCGCUCGUCCUCCUCCGGGCCCCUGCUCACUUCGUGCGGCCUGGGGGCCCCGUUGGCGGAAGCGGAGGACGGCCAAAGGACCGCUGGGAAAACGCGCCUCAGGCUCCGGCUGAGCCGCAGCUCGCCGCGCGACUCCUCCGGAGCCCAUCGGAGGGAGUCGGACUUCGGCUCGGGGUCGCAGCAGCUGGUUCUGUACAGCAAUAAUGAGUUCAUGGUGUGACGACGAGGAGGGGGAGGAAGAAUAGCUUCUGCCAGUUUCUGAGGAGGAGAUUGCAGGUUAGAAAGGAGCUUCUCCUCUGUGCCCACCUCCAUCGUCCUCCGACCCAAUCAAAGCAGAAAGAUUUGGGGACGAGAAAAGACCGGAAACACAACACGGAGGGGAUACUACAGCAGCGUGGACAGCAGAAAGCUGGACCGAUGUGAAGUGAGGAGAUCCCAGCACCUUCUGGCCCCUGCAGGCGUACCAGGGGUCACUUAAAGGAACAAUGAGAGGUUAGAUGAAACAAAGGAAACCCCGCAAAGCCAAACCUAGCAACGCUCCAUCUUUUAGUUUUCAGCAUGUGGGCAGGCGGGUAACGCCGCCGAGAACAAAUGUAGCCAUACUGACUGAACUGGUGGACAUGUGGUGUAGAACCAGCGCCAAGCUAAGUGUGCUUUUCAUCACGUUUACACAGGACACCCCAGCCCAGAGGCUGCUCGCUCUCCCAUCACACCUGUCUUUACAUCACUUAGAGCAGACUGUCGAAACUGUAUUAUAAUAAUUAUUAUUAAUAUUAUUAUUUUAUUAGUAUUAUUAUUAUCAUUAUUAUUAUGUUACAGAGGACGUAAAUGUACAUAGAGAGAGAGCGUGUCCAGUGCUAAUCCUGUUCAUUGUCGAUCUGUGCGGUUUUUGUAAAGUGAAGUGUCAGAAACGCAGGUUCCACGCUCUGAUCCGCCGUGCUUCAUGGCCACGUUUCCUUCUCGCACCGCGACCAGAGCCGUUUAGGGAAGAGGCGACGCUCCGCACCGACGCCAUGACUCGUCAAACGUCCCCAGAGCUCGCUCGCCACGGCCGAGGGGCCGGGAGGAAGGCUUUUGGUACCUGCCUUUUUUCUUCUGCACAGGUUUAAUUCAGAAACAUCAGUGUUACUGCGUCAGGACUUGAAUUGUUUUGGGGGGUUUUUUUGUACAAUAUUGCUGUAUCAUAGGCGUUUAUUGAUAUCAAAGAUGUCAAUUUAUUUGUUAUAACUGGUUUGUUUUGAUGAAAGCCAUUUUUUUUUUUUUUUUUUGCCCAUUGCUCGGUUCUCUUUCUAUGACAUCUCCGUCACUUCUGUGCACAUGUAGCCUCCCCUAGUCACUCUUUUAUACACUAUGGAUUUCUCUCAGAAAUACUCCUCCUGUAAGGGUGAAGACUAUUUGUGCAAGUUACACUAAAGUGAAAAAAGAGGGGAGGGGGUCUAUUGCCUUGCACUUACCAAAACAUUUAUAAACCGUCCACUAUCGCCUCUGAGCCACACGAAAUCCUCUGCUCCUCCUCCUCCUGCUCUCUUUCUCACCAUAACCGUAGCUCUUCUCUACUCUUCUCUCCGGGUUCUUGCUGUGAAAAGUAGCAUUUAAUCUGCCUGUUAACCAAAACAAGUAGCAACUAACCCACGCAGUCCAUGUGCGUACUCUUACUCUCCUACUCUGUUCAUAGCGCGCGUGCGUCCGUGUGUGUGUGUGUGUGUGUGUGUGUGUGUAUGUGUGUGUGUGUGUGUGUGUGUGCGUGUGCGAUGUUGACUCUGUGCUUCGGAGCAAGCUUUUCUCUCCUCUCACCACACCAUCAGUGUUAAUCAGCGACCUCCUUAAAACCGACCGUCUCAGCGAUGCAGCGCCUUGCAAAAGUCUUCACAGCCUUUGAGCUUUUGUCACGUUUUGCCAACUCCACAAUCGUAAUGGUAUUUUAGCAGGAUUUUAUGCGCUGGAGCCGGCACAAAGCUGUGCGUGAUGGUGAGGUGGGAGGGAAAGGAUAAUUAUGGUUUUCAAAACGUUUUAAAAAAUAAUAAUAAUAAUAAUAAUAAAUCCUGUUUGGAUGGAACAACUUUUUUUCAAGCAAAGCCACAGAUUCUGAGAGGCUGGAUAUUGCCUGUUGUCAGUCUUUUACAGCCUCUGACAGGUUUUGACACGCUCCGAACGGCUCUUAAGAAUUUAUUUUUUGCUACUUUAGAGAAAAAUAAAAUAAUAUAAAUGUUUGUUGUGGACAGCUAGCAGUUGUGCUGACAACAGAUUCCCGCACCUGAGCUGUGGAUUUCUGCAGCUCCUCCACAGUCGCUCCGAGUUACCCUGUGGCUCUUGGCUGCUUUUCUUUUUUGCAGGGCCUUCCCGUCGAGCCGUGCAGGCGGUUGGUCGACAAGAUUUUAACGAGCUGCGUCAGAGGAAAGGAGGCCGAAUAGAAAUGCACGCAACAUUUUACAGAUUACCGAACCGUGCAUCUUUGUCUUUUCACUUUGUUAGUGAAAUCUACAUCUGUUGAUUCACGGCGUAAAAUACGAAUAAAAUUCUCUCCGAUUUUUGGUUGCAACGCGUCGAAAACCGGAAAAGUGUGAAUACUUUUGCAAGGCUCUGUGUAUGUCUGUCUGUUUUUUUUUUUCUUGUCAUGUUAUGAACAACAUUAACUGUAAACCUGUCAGGAUAAUAAAAAAAAAAGUGAAUCUUUUCUGGAAGUGAGCUGAAAGAACAAAACUGGUUAGUUAUCUUCACAGCAAUAUUUGUGGUGUGUUUCCAUUCGACAUUCUGGAGAUAAAAAACAAAAGAAAAACGC